CUAUUCUCCGUUACAAUACACAACAGUCUCGUUCGUGCCACUGUUACAAUGCUGUCCCGAAACACCCUCAACGUCUGGGCCGCCUUCGCCUGGGCUGCCGCCGCCGUGCCCACCUUCCAAACCAGCAGUGGUGAAGGCCUCGUGCAGCUUCUGGAGAGGGCGUCAUCUCCCACCUUGAACUUCUCGACCUCUCCCGAGGCCUCGAUCGUAUAUCCCGACGACCCUAGCUGGGCGGCCGACACCCACCGUUGGAGUCGCUGGGCCCCUCCGGAUUUCGGUGUCGCGUUCCUCCCCGCCACCGAACAGGACGUCACCACGGCUUUGAGAUACAUUACGGAUCGCAACAUCUCGUUCCUGGCCACGUCAGGCGGCCACGGUAGUACCGUCACCCUUUCUAGUGUCGAGGACGGUGUCGCCAUCAACCUCGUGAACUUCAACAAUGUUACCGUGAACGAUGCCGACGAGACCAUUACCGUUGGUGGUGGUGCUCACUUCCGUGACGUCUGGGUAGCUGCCUACGCGGCUGGCAGGGAGUUGGCUCUCUCGACUGCUUGCGUCGGUGUCGGAGGUACCACCGUCGGCGGUGGUCACGGAUGGCUUCAGGGCAAGUAUGGUCUGGUCAUCGACGAAAUCGUCAGCAUGCGCGUAGCUCUCUGGGACGGCACCAUCGUCACCGCGUCCGCCACCGAGAACUCGGAUCUGUUCUGGGCCAUGCGGGGAUCCGGCCAGAACUUCGGUAUCCUGCUUGAGUUUACGUUGAAGACUUGGCCGCAGACCAACGGAGGCAACAUUUACAAUGUCGACAUGUCCUUCACCGACGACUCUCUCGAGGGCGUCGUCCGCGUCAUCAACGAACUCAUCCCGAACCAGCCCGCAGACCUUGGUAUGGACUUUGUCAUGUUCACUAACGCGACCACCAACACUCCCCAGCUCUACCUCGGCUUAGUUUACUUCGGUGACCGCGCCAAGGGAGACCAACUCGCCUCUCGCUUUGCUACCUCGAAGAAGGCCGGCAUUCAGCGCACGCAUUACAACGCAACUGUGGCUCGGUGGGACGAGCUCUCGGAUGUUGCUGUCGGCGGCUUCAUCGACGUGGCUUGCUCUGGAGACAACACCGGCGAUGUCGAUGUCGAGAACCUCAAGGUCAACGUUUACACCGCGAACCUGAAGCAGAUAGACGUACCCCAGACCCGGCAAGUCUACAACGCCUACAAGAACUUCAUCAGGAAGAACCCCGCGGCAUCCAGCUCGACCGUACUGUACGAGGUAUUUUCGCAGGAGGCCGUCAAGGCGGCGAAGGAUGCGGACACGUCCUACGGCAACCGCAACCAAGCCAACGUCCUUCUCCUGCUCCAGGGCAUCUUCGUCGACGACAGCGUCGGCCCCGCCGUCGACGCUUGGGGCAAGGAAUGGCGCGACAAGAUCACCAAGAGCUCGGGAUACCCCAAGCAGUACGUGUACAUGAACUACGCCCACGGCGACGAGCCGCUCGAGUCCAUGUACGGCUACGAGCCCUGGCGUCUGGAGCGUCUUCGCAAGCUCAAGGGGAAGUACGACCCCCACGGAUUCUUCAACCACUACAACUCGGUGCUCGGCACGACAGCACAGGGUUACUAA